GACACCAAUCUGUGUUUACUUCCGGUGAAAUUUGCAGAAAUUUUAGAAAGGCCACGUCAAAGUAUAUUCAUCUAUUUUACUUGUGAUUCGGUUUCGGAGACACUGUCAUUUAUAGAUAUACAUCUAAGUGGUAGUAUUGGAAGAUGGCGUCUAAUGAUAUUGGUGAUUGGUACAGAGGAAUUCCUCAAAUAUCGAAAUAUUGGUUCACAGGAUCAGUGAUUGUUCCAAUAGCUGCAAGAUUUGGUCUUCUUAAUCCAAUGUAUCUUAUUCUUUUGUUUGAACCUGUCAUAUAUAAAUUUCAGAUAUGGCGUUUGGUGACAUCAGUGUUGUAUUAUCCAAUUGCAGGACCAAAAGGGUUUCAUUACCUAAUAAACUUAUAUUUCCUCUAUUCUUAUUCUACAAGACUUGAAACAGGAAUCUUUGAUGGAAAACCAGCAGAGUAUGUGUUCAUGUUGUUAUUUAACUGGCUGUGUCUGGUGAUAAUAGGAUUUUGUGCUGAUUUAAUGCUUUUGAUGGACCCCAUGAUAUUAAGUGUUUUGUAUGUUUGGUGUCAACUGAACAAAGAUACUAUCGUGUCAUUUUGGUUUGGCACACGGUUUAAGGCGAUGUACUUGCCAUGGGUGCUGUUAGCUUUCAACAUGAUCGUUGGUGGAGGGGGUUUGAUGGAACUUGUUGGUAUCGUUGUUGGCCACAUGUAUUUCUUCCUUAUGUUCAAAUAUCCACAGGAUUUCGGAGGUGUAAGACUGCUAAAUACUCCUCAAAUACUUUACAAAUAUUUUCCUAAUAGACGAGGGGGUGUGGCAGGGUUUGGACAAGCCCCAGCUAGUCAGCGACGCCCAAAUAAUGAUGACAAUGACCCUGGUAGACAUAGAUGGGGUGGUGGCGGCCAGCAACUUGGUGGAAACUAAAUAAAACUUUAUAGUUAAAUUUUGGGCAAGACAUUUUUUUUCUCAACAUAAUGGUGAGGAUUUCUACAGAAAAUCAUUUACCUGGAUUUGCAAUGUAUCCAGAGUAUACAGAAUGCAAGUGUAAGAGAUCAUGAAAUAUAUAUAAAAACAUUGCCACUUGUGUUUGAUUUCCAGCUAUCGAGCAUAUUGAAUGAACUUAUAACAGCUUUAUUAUUAUUUAAGUUUUCUUUACAUAGGUUUUCUUUAUGUGAUGUUUUUCUGUAAAUACUUUAGAACUAUUUAUAUAUCCAUCAUAAGUAUUCCACCAGGGACUUUAGUUUCUUUCAUGUGAAAAAAAGCUAUCCAGCUAGCUAUCAGAACAUUGAUGGUACUACUCAGUUGCCCGUUCAUGCCUGAAAAAAAUGCACAGAGGGUUACCUGAGGUUUUCCUGCACUAGUAAAGCUAAAAAGUUGCUGUGUUAGUGCAACAUAAAACCAAACAAGAGAUAAUAAUAAUCAUACAACUCUCCAUGCCUUAGUAAAGAAAAAAUUCAGAUUUUACUUAAAGGAACUCCACUAAGGUUUAAAAGCCGAAAAACAUAACAUUUGAAAUUCUAACAUAAAUGAGCUGGGGCACUUUAAACAGAAAUAUAUGCAAAGAUAGUUAAGAAAUAUACUUCGAAAUAAAUUUCAAAUUGUAUUUUUAUGCUUUUCUUAGCCCAAUUUGAGUGAGAAGCGUUUAAACGCUUUUCAUUUUGGGUCAUUUUUUUACAAUUUGAAUAAGUAUUCUGGAUAAACGAAGUGCGCGAAUGAUCUGAAAUUUUGCACAAAGAUUAGUGGUCUAAACCUUCAUCAAAUGGUUCAUUUAUCUGGAAAAAAUAUUGUCAGUCCCAUCAUGUCAAAAAACCUCAGUGGAGUCCCUUUAAAAUAGCAGAAAAGCUUUGAAGAUGUACCACUUCUCAAUUGAAAUAUAUGACAAAAUAUGAAUUUAUACAAGUUAAUGAAUGAUGCAAUUUCAGAAACAAACUUUUUUUGUUGAAGAAAAUGAGAAAGUGACAGCAUGGCUUUAUUAAAGAAACAACCAUAAUGUUUAAGUAAAAUUAAGCUUGCAUACUGAGCUUGCCCUGCUUUAAAUAUGCGCCUUUUUGUUGUUUAUUUUAUGUUGUUGAUAAUGAAUAUACGUAAAUUUAAUAGGCCAUUAAUAUAAAAUGUGUAGUUUAAGACUGUCUUGUAUAGCUGAAAGUCAUUAUGUCUACCAACAAUUAUAGAGUGACAGCGGACGUUAUUUCAAAUUUUGUUGUGGUUUUCAUUUUUUGUCAUUUUUCAUCUUAAACACUUACAAAUGCUUACUUGCAUAAUAUUUGUAAUUUGAAUUAUAUUAUUCAGUAUUUGCUUAUUUGAAAUGGUCAGCACACACAUUUAUCAAUGUGUCCUGUCCAAUGCCAUUUUCGUUUCUUGAUGGUGUUUGUGAUGGAUAACCCAUGAACUAAAGGAACUGAAAGUAAUCAGCCUUUGCCACCUCUGAAUAAAUCCAGGUCAGCUUGCAUAUCUAUGUAACCUCAUCAGGGUCUAAACUUUUAGAUUAUAUUUUGAUAUAAAUCCCUUAAGCUUGGAAUGAACAAAUCAAAGGUUGGACAUAAUACACUGAUUCAACAGGCUAAGGGUUAAGAAAAUGAUCUGAUAAAAAUGAAUCAAUUUAAAGAAACUUAUAAAGUAAUAAAUGACCGAGUAGCAAACAGUGCUGACCAUGUUGAGACAUAUAAUCAGAUGUGUCAGCUGAUCCUUGUCUGUAUGUUCAUGGUCUGUUUCCAAAGGUAAAUAAAUUGCAUUUAAAAUUUGUUCCAAUAUUUACUAUAGAAGCUACCAAACUAUUACGUUGUUUGAACUUUAUUCAGAAUAUUCAUAUUGACCUGUGCAUUAUAAAUAUGAAGGGGUAUGGUACAUGUAUGUGUUUCAUUUAUAAUGAUGAUAUUUAAUGGUAUCUUUUGCAAAUUAAAAAUGCAUUUGAUAUUAUUUCACCUUUUAUCACAAGCAAUUUUUAAUCAUGAAAACAGCAUUGAAUAUUUCUAAAUCCACUUUAACAUGUUUCUAAUAGAAACACUGACUUGUCAUGACCUGGUAUCAAAACAUAUGUUCAAAGAAAUUAUUAAAUUUGCUUUAAGUUAGUUACAUGUUUUCUUAUGAACAAAUAGAUUUUGCUGUUUAUAAAUUUUAUAGUUUAUAAAUUUUAAUCUUGGCAGACAAUAUCAGUAAACAAUGUAAGGAUCUUGCACCGGCUGCCAGUACAGACCGGAAUAUCUGGCUCAAAGGCAACUGUUUAUAACAGUAAUGCCUCAUGAAUAAGUAGGUUUUGAAUAGCAAACAGUGAAGACCUAAACAUUUACACGAGGCAAGAUAUUCCAGUCCGUACUGGCUGCCGUGUAACUAGUUGUUAAACCGGACUGAUAUGCAAGAAUGCUUCUUCUAAGACUUAUUAUAUGUAAAUGACUUGCAGUUUGAAGAUACAAAAAAGAUGUUCCCCUCAUUUGCUCAAAUACAUCAUGGAUAAACAUGUACUUGCAUAUAAAAAUAUUCCACUGAAGUGAAAUCCAUUAUAUUUUAUCUGCUUUGAUUAACUUGUAGCCAGGUUUCAUUACAUCUUGUGACCACUGGCAUCAGAGUCCUUAGAUAAUCAUAAAAUGACUGAAAUUAUACCCAUAUAACACAAACUGCCAGAAAAAUUAUCAAGAACUACUUUUCAGACACAUCCCUGUAUAUACUAUCAUAGUAUUUCAGGCAGUUUGUGUAUGAAAUGUAUGAAAGCCGUGGUUGAUGGUACUACUCGGGUGCUUACUCUUGCCUGAAGUAAUAUGUUCAAGGUCAGACAAAAUAAUUCAGCUGAUUGUUUUACUGACUGAAAAAAAUUCUACAAAUUUUUUAAUCUAGUCAAGUAUUUAGUAUCACAGCCCCACAUUUCUGAAGCACAUAGAUUUGUAAACCAUGUUGACUUUUGAUCAUGAUUAAAGCUGCCUGCAUUAGAAUAUAUGUGAGUGUAGGGAUCAUGAGACUAUGUUACUUAACCAUUAUCAUGCUCAAUAUCUUAAACGAACAUUACCCAUCCUUUAAUCUGAACUAAACCAUUCAUCAGUUUUAGGGAAGAUUUGAAAACAUGCACUGACUGUCUGCACAGAUCGCAUGGUUAAUUUUAGUUGCCACCAGCAAGCAUGGAGUGAAUGUUAUGAAUGUAGUAGUUUUAUUUUGUCUUUAAAGCUGCACACCUCCAGAUUUGUGCAAAUUAUUUAUGACAAAAAUAAUUAAAGAUGUUCUUAACCAGUCCAUAUAUGCUGAAUCUAUUUGUAACUUAAUAGACAUAAUUAUGAUAAUAAGAAUAGUAUUUCAUAUUUUCUGUAAAAUUGUGUCAUAUGAACAACCACUCAGCUGGAGAAGUGCAGCUUUAAUACUUGAGAAAUAUAAAUAUUUGUAUUUAAUAUGAUACAUAGUAUUUGUUCAUUAUCAUUUUGUUUAUUGAAAAAUAUUCAUACAUUGUACACAGACAUGGCAAAUUUAGAUACUUUUUACAAUAUUGAACUUAAUGAGGGAAUCUUUUGCUUCAUUUUUGAGCUUUUUGUGUGUAAGCUGUAAUUGGAAACACUUGUGUUAUAAUUAUUUUAAAUGCUGUUCACUAUCAGUUUCUCUACUUGUAAUAGACUUGGUAAGCGAACAGCAUGGAUCCUGAUCAGACUGCGCGGAUGCGCAGGCUGGUCUGGAUCCAUGCUGGUCGCAAACCCAUUAUGUUGGUUUUGUCGUGACGCGGCUCAUUUAUCUUCGAUAUUGCACCAAUAAUUG